UCAGAGAUCAUCACUAAGCAGAAUCUUUUUGCUUCUUCUUCUUCUUCCUUUUUUUGCUUUUGAAAUGUAUUCAUCCAUUCCCUUCAUGUGAAAGAGUCCUGAGCUGUGGACAUGCGUGCAGCCGCAGCAGCAGAGGAGGCUGCCGCCGCCAGCUGCUGAGCGGCUUUUCCUUCACGUCCUCUGACCGCGCAGACUCACACAGAGGAAAAAAGUCUCACAUUUCAUGCACGCUCACCGGCUCAACUCCGAAACAAGGCAGCAUGACAGCCAACGAGUCGCAGAGCAUCCUGUGCUACCAGAGUGCAGAUGAGGAGGUGGUGGUUGACCAGGGAGGGACCAGCUCAGUCUUGAACAUUCACUAUGAGAAAGAGGAACUAGAAGGCCACAGGACUCUGUUUGUGGGGGUCCGGAUGCCGAGGCAGAGCCACCGUCACCACAAGGCCCACAGCUCCCGCCACCGCAGAAGAGACAGGAGAGCAGGAAGCAUCACAACACAACAAGCUGAUGGCAGUGAGGCAACUUCCUGUAGCCAUGACACGCCGUCCCAGCGGGUCCAGUUCAUCCUGGGCACAGAGGAGGAUGCUGAACACGUGUCCCACGAGCUGUUCACAGAGCUGGAUGAGAUCUGUGUGAAGGAUGGCAAGGAUGCAGAGUGGAAGGAAACAGCCAGGUGGCUGAAGUUUGAGGAGGAUGUGGAGGACGGUGGGGAGAGGUGGAGCAAGCCCUACGUCGCCACUCUUUCCCUCCACAGCCUGUUUGAGCUCCGCAGCUGCAUCAUCAACGGCAGCGUGCUGCUCGACAUGCGUGCAGACUGCAUCGAAGAGAUAGCAGACAUGGUGUUGGACCACCAGGAGGCAUCCCAUGARCUGGACGACAGUGUGAGAGUGAGGGUCCGUGAGGCCCUGCUGAAGAGACACCACCACCAAAAUGAGAGGAAGAAAAACCUGAUUCCAAUCGUUCGCUCCAUCGCAGAGGGAACACGUAAACCCUCAGAUCCUCAUGGCAUCGGUUUAGCAACAUCUCCACAGCCUCCUCCACCUGCUGAACCAGCCAAGAACGGAGCUGCACCGGACAGCAGCCARCCGGACCUCAGUAAGGUCGACCUUCAUUUCAUGAAAAAGAUCCCUGAGGGUGCAGAGGCCUCCAAUGUUUUGGUUGGAGUACUGGACUUCCUGGAGCGGCCCAUUGUGGCCUUUGUCCGUCUUUCCCCGGCUGUCCUGCUCACCGGACUCACUGAGGUCCCCAUCCCCACCAGGUUCCUCUUCAUCCUUCUGGGCCCUGAUGGAAAGGAGCAACAGUACCAUGAAAUUGGACGAUCGAUGUCAACCAUCAUGACAGACGAGAUCUUCCAUGAUGUAGCAUACAAAGCAAAGGACCGAAGUGACUUGUUGGCAGGGAUAGACGAGUUCCUGGACCAGGUAACGGUGCUGCCACCUGGAGAGUGGGACCCCUCGAUCCGCAUUGAGCCCCCAAAGACUGUCCCCUCCCAGGAAAAGAGGAAAAUGCCAGGAGUCCCUAACGGUACAACCGUGCAGGUGGAGGAACCCCUACAUGCAGAACACCAUGGGCCAGAGCUGCAGAGAACUGGAAGGUUGUUUGGAGGUCUCGUCCUGGACAUUAAGAGGAAAGCUCCGUUCUAUCUGAGCGACUUUAAAGACGGCCUCAGCCUGCAGUGUGUGGCCUCCUUCCUCUUCCUCUACUGUGCCUGCAUGUCUCCUGUCAUCACCUUCGGGGGGCUGCUGGGGGAGGCCACAGAAGGACGAAUUAGCGCCAUAGAGUCAUUACUUGGUGCGUCUAUGACUGGAGUGGCCUACUCGCUGUUUGCCGGUCAGCCUCUCACCAUUCUGGGCAGCACAGGUCCUGUACUGGUCUUUGAGAAAAUUCUCUUCAAAUUCUGCAAAGACUACGACCUGUCCUACCUGUCUCUGAGGACCUGCAUCGGCCUGUGGACGGCCCUGCUGUGUUUGGUGUUAGUCGCCACCGACGCCAGCUCUCUGGUUUGCUACAUCACUCGAUUUACGGAGGAGGCCUUCGCCGCCCUCAUUUGCCUCAUUUUCAUCUAUGAGGCCCUGGAGAAGCUGUUCCACCUGGGAGAAGUGUACCCCUAUCACACAAACAACGACCUGGACAAACUCACACUGGCUUACUGUAGGUGUGCAGAGCCUGAUAAUCCCAGUAAUAAAACAUUAGAGAUGUGGAGUGAGAGGAACAUCACAGCCUCUGCUGUACCCUGGGCCAACCUGACUGUUAAGGAGUGUGUCAGUCUGCAGGGCCACUUUGUUGGGACAGCAUGUGGUCACCAUGGACCUUACACUCCAGAUGUUCUUUUCUGGUCCAUCAUCUUGUUCUUCUCAACAUUCUUCAUGUCUGCCUUCCUCAAACAGUUCAAAACGAGUCGUUAUUUCCCCACCAAGGUACGGUCUAUGAUCAGUGACUUUGCCGUGUUCCUCACAAUCGUCUUCAUGGUCCUGCUGGACUUUGUUGUUGGGGUGCCAUCCCAGAAGUUAAAGGUGCCGAGCAAAUUCCAGCCUACCAGGGAUGACCGCGGUUGGUUGAUUAGUCCUAUAGGACGUAACCCCUGGUGGACCACCCUGGCUGCUUCUAUCCCUGCUCUUCUCUGCACCAUCCUCAUCUUCAUGGACCAGCAGAUAACGGCUGUCAUCAUCAACCGCAAAGAACACAAACUACUGAAAGGUUGUGGGUACCACCUGGACCUGCUGAUGGUGGGGGUGAUGCUGGCCGUCUGCUCCAUCAUGGGUCUGCCCUGGUUUGUAGCCGCCACCGUGUUGUCYAUCUCUCACGUGAACAGCCUGAAGCUGGAGUCGGAGAGCUCUGCUCCGGGAGAGCAGCCUCGCUUCCUGGGCAUCAGAGAACAGAGGCUCACAGGCCUCGUCAUCUUCCUGCUCAUGGGCUGCUCGGUGUUCAUGACGGGAGCGCUGCAGUUUAUUCCUAUGCCUGUGUUGUAUGGAGUUUUCCUUUACAUGGGAGCCUCUUCAUUAAAAGGCAUCCAGUUCUUUGACCGCCUGAAACUCGUGGGCAUGCCAGCGAAGCAUCAGCCUGAUUUCAUCUAUCUGAGACACGUCCCGUUGAGGAAGGUUCACCUGUUCACAGUCACCCAGCUCAGCUGCCUGGUUCUGCUCUGGGUCAUCAAAACAUCGCCUGCUGCUAUCGUCUUCCCCAUGAUGGUGCUGGCUCUGGUGUUCAUCCGUAAGGUGCUGGACUUGUGCUUCUCUAAACGGGAGCUGAGCUACCUGGAUGACCUGAUGCCGGAGUGGAAGAAGAAAACACUCGAUGACGCGUCGAAAAAGAUGGAAGAGGAAACACUGGUCAUGCUCAACAUGAACACAGAAGAGCCAGAAACUGUUCCGGUGGCCAAGGAGAGCAGCAAGCCUGUUCAACGAGUGCACGACCCCAGGUGUGAUCCCUCUGAUAUUAACAUAUCUGAUGAAAUGUCUAAAACCACUGUGUGGAAAUCCCUCAAUUCCAAUCAAAAGGAUGUCCAACCUGUAGCUGCUAAAAAGGAUUGAAGGAAUCGCUUUUAUUGAUGAGUGAAGAAUGUCUGCCCUCCUGCAGCUCUGGAUCACAGAAUGCCAUGGUACAACCAGACCCUGCAGAAAUAAGUCCAACAUUUUACCCGAACGACAGUGUUGUCCACAAAAGCGCAAAUCCACUCACACGUGUGCUUGUAGCUUUGUGAGGUCUCCAGACACAAUAUAAUCUGUAUUAGAAGUUUUAUUUUAAAACAAAUCCCUGAAAUUAUGUUCAAACUAGCACGAAACACAACUUUAAAGCAGUAAAUUCCUUACUUUACUUGAAUACUCCCACUUCAUCAGAAAAAAUCUCCAGCAAAACCAGACUCAGGAAUACUGGCAGGAGAAAAAAAAGUAAAACUCAGAGUUAAUGACAGCAGCACUGAGGUUAUAUACAUAAAUUAAAUAGAGUAAAAAAAGAGAUGUCAUGAGAUGAUGGGACAUCUCCCAGCAGCAUUGUCUGUAGCAGAAUGACUGUCAAAAAGCAWCUUAUUACUUAUCUACCUGCAGAUGUUUUACAGAUCUGAACAGAUAAUUUUAAAGAAAAACUGUAAGAGUAAUUAAUAAUCUGGAGACAAAAUAUAAAGCUGCUCUGUUCUAUUUAUCAGAGUCAAUAGUUUUAGCUGCAUAAAAACCUUCCUCCCAAAGACAGAAACUCAUGUUAAUCCUUAUCAAACAACAAUAACCUUGUCUGCCCUUCGUCUCUUCACAGUUUAGAAUCAGCUGGGGAGUUUUUCUGGUGUAGAUUUGUCCGGCCUUAUUCCUCAAUUUGUGCCAUUUUCAAAUUUUAGCCUGUUUUUGGUUUUAUUGUGGAUUUUAAAAACUCAUUUUAGCUCUACUAACAGAAAUCACAAAAUUUUUCUGUUAGUUUUGUGUGAUGUGAACUGACAAAAUGUAAAAACAAGUAAAUUUGCCUUAUCKGUGCCGUUAUUGAGCUUUUUUCUUAGGUGUAAUUUCUAGUUCCUGCUAUUAUUAUUAUUGACUGUUUAGUGUAGAGAAAGAGCUGCAGAAUGUCUGAGUUUCUUAUUUAUUUACCUCAAGACAUGAUUAUGAAAGCUCCUGCAUGGCACUUUUUCCCCCCAAAAACAGCAGCAUCGUGGGGACCUAAGUGAAACGUGGGGACCAAUGCCAGGUUCCCACGGGUCUAAAUGCAAAUUACAGGUGGGGGGUUUAUGUUUAAGACCAUGGUUUAUGUUAGUUUUAGGGUCAGGAAGGUAAAUCUUAAGGGAAAUGGUCAGGGUUAGGCUAUAAAGUCUAAAAAAAUGAA